GGUGAAAAGCUUUGAAUUAGAAUGUUUUUAAUUCAUCUCAACUUGGGAUGAAUUUAAGAUACAACAAUUUCGUGAAACUGAAAUUAAUUUUCUGCAGAUCAAUUAUUCGGAAUCAGAAAAAUGAAGAGAAUAGGAGCAUUUCUGGUUAUUUCAAUAAUUUCUGUUGUUAAUACUACUUUGCUAAGUAGUUCAAUGUUACCACCAACCAUUGAGGAAGCGAAUUAUAAUAAAUCUUAUACAAAAUUAGUUAAUUCAACCACCGACUAUAUUUUUGUCUACAAAAGGAAUAAGAAUUCUUUUUUACAAGAAGCACGAGUUACAGUCGAAAGCAAUGCAACGGCUGACUUUCCAUUGAGCAUAGUAGUUAAGCAAAAAGGAGGAAUUCUUUUCUGGCAGAUUCCACUUAUCGAAAAUUUAGAAUAUGGUAGUGCUAGUCGUACGCUCUGCUCUCUAAAUUCUGAUUCCAGUGAAGAGGAGCCGAUCACUGUUAGUCUUUCCACUGCGAGCUCUAUCAAUAUAUCAUUUCGACUCAUAGCACUACCACUGAACAAUUUUUAUGUAAGAUCUGGAGAAGAAAGAAAUAAUAUCGUAAUCUCUCCAACAGAACCAGUCUAUUAUUCUUAUUCAUUUGAUGAUGACACGAAAAACAAAUCUGUUAUAGUUCAUCUUGAGUCGGAAAGCGAAAUUUGCAUGAUUUUAUCUAUUCAGAAUAAAUCGUGUCCUGUAUUCGAUCUCGAAAGAAACAUCCAAUUUUCUGGAUAUUGGCAAACUGUGAGCAAACAAGGUGGAAUUACAGUAUCGAGAGAAAAGUAUCCUGAUGGUUUUUUUAUAGUCCUGGUCGUAAAAAGUGACGACAGAGAUUGUACUGACGUUUCUGGUAAAGGGCCGCACCAGGUACCUUUUCUCACCAAAGUAGGGCCGCUUCCUCGUAUUAAGAUUGUCAAUUUGACUUUAAAGCCUGGAAUAUCAACAGAACAUUACAUAAUUGCAACGCUUUCAGUCACAAGUGCUGUUCUCGCUCUUUGUGUUUUCUACGUUUUUGGUGAAUUGUUAUACUAUAAAAUUAAAGGUGGACAUUCCCAAGAGAAAAAAUCUUCAAAGCAUCGGCAGGAAAAUGUGUUAAACCGAAAUCUAGCAAUUCCAUCGAGUCCAGAACAGUUCGGUCCUCGUCUGAGAAAUAUGCAAAAUUCAUUUCUGGAUCGAAAUUUGGAUUCAAUAGAAGAAGGAUUUACCAAUAAUGAAGUGGUCCAGAAAAAAUUCGUCCUUUGCGUAUGUGAUUUGUCUUGUAAAGAGCCAGAGGACCUCAGAAAAAUGUCAAACCUCUACACUUAUUAUAUCAGCACAGUGGCUGUUUUUUAUACUCUACCGGUUUUACAGUUGGUAUUAACGGACCAAAUCGUGCUGCACGUCAGUGGAAAUCAAGACCUUUGUUACUACAACUUCCUCUGCUCUCAUCCAAUUGGCUUCCUCUCAGAUUUCAAUCAUGUUUUUUCGAAUAUUGUAUACGUUUUACUCGGACUUCUGUUUCUCCUUGUGAUAUAUUUGAGAGAAAAGAGCAACGUGGAAGUGAAGAAAAAUAAGUUCUAUGGAAUCCCACAAUAUUAUGGAUUAUUCUAUGCAAUGGGCUUUGCACUUAUGAUGGAAGGAGUGCUUUCUGCAAGUUAUCACGUCUGUCCUAGUCACAGUAACUUCCAGUUUGACACAAGUUUCAUGUACAUAAUAUCAGUUUUGUGCAUCGUAAAAAUCUACCAAAAUCGACAUUCUGAUAUAUACCCAAAGGCACCAGCUGCCUUCGGAUUCCUGGCUUUCGUAAUAUUUAUGGGACUCAUUGGGGUUCUUCUCGUGGGUUCUCAAAUUUUCUGGAUAGUCUUCACAAUUAUGCAUCUAGUACUUUGUUUUCUACUGACCACUAAAGCUUAUUAUCUGGGAAAGUGGAGCUUCGAUGGACGAAACUUUUUUGGAAUUUAUAAGGCCUUGAAACACGAAACUUGUGGGAAACUAAAGAAUUCAAUAAUGCCUCUUUAUCCAGCUAGAUUGUCAAUUCUUAUAAUGGCAUAUUUAUGCAAUCUUGGCCUCGCCAUUUUCGGCUACAUUCACCAUGCUAACGAUUUCUCAACAUACUUGCUGGGGGUUUUGAUGAUGAAUCUUGUUUUGUACUUGUUCUUUUAUAUUAUUAUGAAGCUCUGCCACAAAGAACGGAUCCACUUCCAACCAGCGAUUUAUAUAAUUCUCUCAGUGUUAUCCUGGUCCGGUUCUAUUUAUUUCUUCUUGAGCACAACGACAUCCUGGUCUUUUACACCAGCUCAAUCUCGAACUUACAACAGUUCUUGUAUUUUUCUUAACUUUUUCGACUCUCACGAUAUCUGGCAUUUUUUAUCAGCCUCAGCCAUAUUUUUCUCGUUCAUGGUCUUGCUAACUCUCGAUGAUGAUCUUACUAAUGUUCAUCGGAAUCAAAUUCCAGUUUUUUAAUGAACUUGUAAUUCUUCCGU